AUGGCUUCUUCUCUGUCAUCAUCCUCUUCCACUUUCUCUUCCUCUUCUUUUUUUUCAAUAGCCAAAUAUGAUGUGUUCCUUAGCUUUAGAGGCGAGGACACUCGUGAUAAUUUUACUAGCCAUCUUUACUCUGAUUUGAAUAGAAAGAAAAUUUUAACGUUUAUGGAUAAUACAAAUCUUAGAAAGGGAGAAGAAAUUUCGAAAUCGAUUUGUAAAGCGAUAGAAAAGUCGAGUCUUUCGGUGAUUAUUUUCUCGGAGAAGUAUGCAUUUUCAAAAUGGUGCUUGGACGAAGUUGUGAAGAUCCUCGAAUGCAAGAAAAUGAAUGGACAAUUGGUCAUACCAGUGUUCUACAGAAUUGAUCCUAUGCAUGUGAGAAAUCAAAGUGGAAGCUUUGAAGCUGCAUUUGCCAAACAUGAACAAGAGAAAAUAGACAAAGUGGAGAGGUGGAGAGCUGCUUUGAAAGAAGCAGCUAAUGUUUCUGGAUGGGAUUCAAUGGUUACUAGGCCUGACUCCAAACUUAUUGAAGAGAUUGUGGGUGAUAUUUUGAAGAAACUAUAUGAGAUUUCUCCUAGCAAAUCCAUAGGUUUGGUUGGAAUUGAUUCGCGUCUCAAGCAAAUUGAAUCUCUAUUGUGCAUGGAUUCCACCAAUGUCCUUAUGGUGGGAAUAUGGGGAAUGGGUGGUAUAGGCAAGACCACCCUCGCCGGAGCUAUUUUCGAUCGGAUUUCUAUUCAAUAUGAGAGUUGUUGUUUUCUUGUAAACGUUAGAGAACAGCUGAAACGAUGUCAGCUAGCUCAAUUACGAGACGAGCUCUUCUCAAAGCUGUUGGAAGAAAAUAUAGAUACAAGAACUCUAAGUUUGGGAGUUAACUUUCUAAAAGAUCGACUUCGUCGCAAAAAGGUUCUUGUUGUGCUUGAUGAUAUUGAUACUUCUACACGAUUGCAAGAACUAUUACCAGAACAACGUGAGAUGUUCGGUCCUGGAAGUAGAAUCCUUGUCACAAGUAGGGAUAAGCAAGUUCUAAAAAUUGCAGUUGAUGAAAUCUAUGAGGUUGAGGAAUUGAAUCACGAAGAAGCUCUUCAACUCUUUUGCUUGAAUGCCUUCAAGAAAACUUGCCUUGAAAUCGAUUAUCUAGAGCGUUCGAAAAGGGUGGUAAAUUAUGCAAAAGGGAAUCCUUUGGCUCUUAGAGUGUUGGGUUCUGCUUUGUUGGGCAGGAAUGAGGAAGAUUGGGAUAGUGCAUUGGAGAAAUUAGAAAAUGUUCAAAACUUCGAAAUUCAAAAUGUAUUGAGAAUUAGUUACGAUGGGCUAAACCGCGACGAAAAGAAAAUAUUUCUUGAUAUUGCAUGUUUUUUUCGAGGGGAAGAUCGAAAUUUUGCGAUGAAAAUACUAAGUGGUUGCUAUUCUUCAGUGCAUUACACAAUAAGCACUUUCAUUGACAAGUCUCUUGUUAGUGUUUCUAACAACAAACUAGAGAUGCAUGAUUUAUUACAAGAAAUGGGUUGGAGCAUUGUUGGUGAAGAAUCCGAGCUCGAAAAUCGAAGCAGGUUGUGGAAUCCUAAGGAUGUUUAUUGUGUCUUGACAAAAAAGAAGGGAACUAAGGCAAUUGAAGGCAUAUCCUUAGACUUGUCUGCAGCAAGAGAGAUGCAUUUAGAAUCUGAUGCCUUUGCAGGAAUGGAUCAUAUGAGAAUACUCAAAUUCUACAUGUCUAAUUCCUCUAUAGGCUACAAAGACAAAGUGCAACUUCCUCGUCGCGGCCUUCGAUCUCUUUCUGAUGAACUGAGAUAUCUUCAUUGGUAUAGAUUUCCUUCCAAGUCACUGCCAUUGAAAUUUUGUGCUGAAAAUCUUGUUGUUCUUGAUCUACCACAUAGCAAUGUUGAGCAACUUUGGACAGGAGAACAGCUUGAUGAGUGUAAGAAGCUUGUGAGCCUUCCGACAAGUAUCCGUAAAGUUUCUGAGCUGCGUUCAAUUUACUUGAACCAUUGCAAGAACCUGAGAGCUUUGCCUGAACUUCCUCAGUCUCUGAAAGUUGUAGAGGCAAAUGGCUGCAGAGCAAUGGAAGCAUUCUCAAGCAGCAAGAAAUUCAGCUUCAUGAACUUGUGUUUCACAAACUGCUUCAGGUUGGAUCAGAGGGCACGCAGCGAAAUCGUUGAAAAUUCUCAUUCUACUGUUCAAUUUUUAACUAGCAAGUUUGGAGAAUAUAAAGAUCAAGUUAGAAUUCUUUUUCAAGGAAGUGAAAUCCCAGAAUGUUUCCAUGAACAAACACUGGGAACUUCACUUAGCAUACAGUUGCCUGCAAAUUGGCAUCAGUAUCAGGGAAUUGCUUUCUGCAUUGUGUUUACAUCAGAGGAUCCUUCAAUUGUUUGCAGAAUCAGCAGGUUUACAUGUGAAUCCCAUUUCAGAAGCAAUAACAAAGAAAAUGAAGAGAAAAUUUUCAACUGGGUAUGCUUUGUGGAUGAUCUACAUUUACAUGAACCAGAUCAAGUGUUACUGUGGUAUGAUCCAUGUAUCAAAGCAUUGAAAGGUGAUGGUUCAGAUAAAGAAGAAGAUUGGUUCAGUAAAUAUUCAAGUGCUUCAUUUCAAUUCUACCCUCAAAGGUGGAGGAAAUUUCAAAAGCAUUGUAAUGUCAAGAAGUGUGGAGUUCUUCUACUGUAAAAUGAUGGUGAAACCUUAAACAAUUUCUGUUUC